AUGACCGAAACAAAACCCCUUCUGUGUCGUCUGUGUUUGAAAUCGUGUGAAGGACAUUUGGAAUAUCUGUGUGAUGGCUAUGGUCAGCAUAAUGAAAAAUACUCAAUCACCAUUGAAUAUUUUGAUUCCAUGCUCUUUCAAGUGGAUGAUCAUCUAAAGGUAUUGUGUAUGGAUUGUUGGCAUCACAUAGAGGAAUUUCAUACAUUCCAAAAGGCAGUGUUGGAAUCCAGAUCUAAAUUGGAAGAACUGCAACAUGGCUACACAGCUGGUAUACCAGUUAAGGUAGAGGCGGAAGAAUCAUAUCAUAAUGGCGAUGACCAAUGGACCAAUGUUGGAGGUGAUGUAAAGGGUAUGGAAGAUGAGGAGGAGGGUUGUGGUGCAAUUGUCAAGGAAGAAGUUGAUUAUCACUAUCCAGACACUUUGAAAGAUAAUGAUGUUUUCAAUUACUCCAGCUAUACAAUAAAAGAUCUCAAUCCAUGUAAUAGUGAGUUAAAGGAUACAACCAAAACCGCUUGGGAAAAUAAAAGCUUUAAUCAAUUAUUCCACACUACUGAAAGGGAUAAGCAAACUGCUGGGAAGCUUGGGGGGACAACGGAAGCUUCCUCAUCAGCAUUUUCAAAAAUUACUCCAACUAAAAAACCCCGAUUGCAAGGAAAUGAUAAAAAUCCCGUAUCCAAAAUUAAAAAGGAAAAGAAGAAUUUGGAACACACACUCUCACCUGAAUCUUUGGAUUUAAGUGCCUUUGUAAAGGUACCACAAAAACGUCCACUGAAAAGUAAACGUGAAGAAGAACUGGACAAUAUCAUCGCCCAAUGGAAAUCACAAUUGGCUUGUAUGAAUUGUCCUGAAUCCUUUGCCACAUAUACCUUGCUCCAUGAACAUUUCAAAGAAUGCCAUAGUAAUGAGGAAUUUUUCAUACAAUGUUGUGAUUUGAAAAUUAAAAAACGUGGCCACCUUGUGGAACACAUACGCAUGCACAUCGACUAUAAGGCAUUUAAGUGUAGCAUUUGUGCGAGGCGUUUUAAUCGCAAACGUAAUCUACAGGCCCAUCUGCAACGUAUGCAUAAUAUCAAUGAUUUGGAAAAUCUUUCGUUUAGUGAUGUUGGGCCAGCAAUGGACACCUUCGGCUAUUGCGAAACAAUUGAGGAUAAUGAUCAAUUUAUUGCACAAUAUUUACCCAAUAUAGAAUGUGUUGUAUGUAAGGAUACAUUUGCCACAUUUACUCUAUUGGUGGAACAUUUUCGCCAACAACAUUCCAAUGAGGAGUGUCACAUUCUCUGCUGUGGUUUUAAACUCAAUCAACAAUCCACGGUGGUGCAGCAUUUAAAGGCCCACACACAUCCAAGGAAAUAUAAAUGUGAAUUGUGCAAUGCCUGCUUUACCAUGCAACAUACCUUGGAUUAUCACAUGCGCAUGGAACAUCAAAAUACCCAAAAUGGAGGUGGUAUAAUCUACAGCGAUGCUAUUGCCAUAGAAGACAACUCUCUGGCGGAAAUCAACAUGGAUAAAUUUACAAUACAAGAAAGUGAUGAUUUCAUUGCACAAUGGCUACCCAGCCUGGAAUGUGAAUUGUGUAGGGAACCCUUUACAACAUUCACCUUACUGCAUAAUCACUUCCGCGAUGCGCAUCCCAGUGAAAAGUUGUCCAUACGCUGUUGUGACAAAGCCUUCUUUACUCGUUCCAAAAUCCAACGGCACCUUUGUGUACAUUUACAAAAUAAGGCCUUCAAAUGUCAGCUGUGCGGCAAACGUUAUUCCAAAAAAGCCACCAUACAAACACAUAUGCUGAAACAGCAUUAUGGUAACAUUCCAAAGGCAAACACCAACCACAAUGCAACAACCACAUCCCAAGAGAACAAUACGCCAAAUAAAAGGAAAUCCAUUAAAGAACUUGAUGAAAUAAUUGCUCGCUGGAGACCAACAUUGGAAUGUUUAGAAUGUCGGGAGGAGUGUUCCAGUUUCAGCCUGUUACAAACACAUUUUCGCCAACAACAUCCCGCCCAGGUAUGCUAUAUUUUAUGUUGUGAUUGUAAAUUUGUCGGGCGCCAUGAUAUCGAGGAGCACAUACGUUAUCACAAUGAUCCCGAUGUUUUUAAGUGCCCCCACUGUGAUCGUCGCUUUGCAAGGAAACGAGAUUCAAUGCGGCAUAUGAAAACAUGUGCGGGUAGUGGGUCACUGCAGCCGAAACAGGAAAACCCGUAA